AGUGGCUUUGUUUGUGGGCGGAGUCGGGGAGCGCUAGACUGAGUUACUGAAAUGGCGGCGCCCGCCUUGCCCUUGCGAGGGUUGUUGCGGACGGGAUUCAUUUCGCUGAGGGGUAAAUCGUUCCCGGCCUCUGUGCAAGUUACGCUGCGGAGGAGUUAUGGAGUCGUGACUAGUCCGACCGAUGAGAAGGUGACGCACACGGGUCAGGUUUAUGAGGAAAAAGACUACCGGAGGGUUCGAUUUGUUGGGCGACAAAAAGAGGUCAAUGAAAACUUUGCAAUUGAUUUAAUUGCUGAGCAGCCUGUGACUGCUGUUGAAACUAGAAUUGUAUCGUGUGAUGGUGGCGGUGGAGCUUUGGGACAUCCUAAAGUGUAUAUAAAUUUGGACAAAGAUACAAAAACAGGAACAUGUGGUUACUGUGGACUUCAGUUUAAACAGAAGCAUCAUCACUGACGUGUCUGAACUAUCAACUUUUUUUUUGUUAUAAAAUAAAAUACAUAUUU